GCAUUGCUUGCACAUGCCAGAGCAAUGAGCAGCGGUUCACAACAGAGACGCUCUGCGCUCGUUCUCUACGGCUCCGAGACUGGCAAUUCGCAAGAAGUUGCUGAGGAGCUGGGCGCAUUAGCGGAACGCCUACACUUCAAGACUCAUGUUGCCGAACUGAAUCAGUACAAGCCGGCAACGCUCAAUUCUUAUACACUUGUGCUCUUUGUGGUUUCUACGACUGGACAGGGCGAUUUUCCAGCUAAUGCGCGAUCGUUCUGGCGGUCGUUGUUGCUGAAGAAACUCCCGCCGACGUUUUUGAGCGGGGUCAGCUUCGCGUCUUUUGGGUUGGGUGAUAGUUCUUAUCCGAAAUUCAAUUGGGCGGCUCGCAAGCUGCAUAAACGAUUACUGCAAUUAGGCGCCGAGGAGAUCCAUCCUUGCGGGGAGGCGGAUCAACAACAUCCGGAGGGCUUCGCGCCGAUACCGGACAACGUCCAGCUGCCCCCCAAAUGGGUCUUGAAACUACGGGACGAAGACGGGGAACGCUCGACAUUGGAGCCUUACACAAACACCGAUGUAGAAAUCGAUGGAUCUUCUGAGCUUGAUCGACUUGGUCAGGACGUGCGGCCACUCCCGGAUACAUUAACAGCAACGCUCACAGAGAACAAGCGGGUGACUGCCUCGAAUCAUUGGCAGGAUGUGCGGCAUUUGUCACUGAGUGUCCCGGAAGCAGUGUCCUACGUACCCGGGGACAUGCUGUCCAUCACGCCGAAGAAUUUCGCCAAUGAUGUGGACAAUUUGAUCACGAUGAUGGGCUGGGAGGCAGAUGCAGACCGGCCUGUGACACUUGGUCCUGGGCCAACUCUCUUGUCCGCAGAGAACGAUGAUAUCCCUUCGCCACCCAUCCAGGGUCUCGACACCUGCCCUAAGCUAACGUUACGCGCGCUCCUCACCGACUACCUGGACAUUCAGGCCAUCCCCCGUCGGUCGUUUUUCGCUACAGUGGCUCAUUACACGGAAUACGAAAUGCACAAAGAGCGUCUGUUGGAAUUUACGAAUCCGGAAUUCUUGGAUGAGCUGUGGGACUAUACUACUCGACCGCGACGCAGCAUCCUGGAGGUGUUGCACGAGUUCGACUCGGUCAAGAUCCCGUGGCAGCAUGCUGUCUCGGUGUUUCCGAUCAUGAGGGCGAGACAGUUUAGUAUAGCGAGCGGAGGUGCACUCAAACAUACAGCCGAAGGAGGCACUAAAUUCGAGCUGCUGGUCGCUAUUGUCAAAUACCAAACGGUCAUCAAACGCAUUCGACAAGGAGUUUGUACACGAUACCUAUCGGUGCUCCAACCCGGGAGUACACUGAAGGUGCAAUUGCAGCGUGGUGGGCUUAACUCAUCUGCCAAUCAAUUGGUAGGACCGACGGUCCUGAUCGGUCCCGGGACUGGCAUCGCACCCCUGCGAUCAAUGGUUUGGGAGAAGGCUGCGAUUGUCAAGGCCUACAAGGAAGAGCAUCCGGGUGUGGAGCCUCCGAUCGGACCGACCCUGCUCGUCUACGGAGGUCGCAACAGGGAGGCAGACUUCUUCUUUGCAGCGGAAUGGGAGCAAUUAGCUGAGCUGGUCCGCUUGAAGGUGCUGACUGCAUUCUCGCGAGACCAGAAGCAAAAGGUGUACGUUCAGGAUGUUAUCCGCGAGAAUGUCAGCCUCCUCUUCAAACUUUUGCAUGACAUGCGUGGCUCGGUGUACAUAUGCGGGUCAUCUGGAAAUAUGCCCAAAGCUGUGCGGCAGGCCCUCACCGAGGCAUUUCAGCACGGAGGAGAGGUGGAAACUGAUCGGUUCAAUGAACAGGGGGCGGAACAGUACCUGCUAGGGAUGGAGAAGACGGGCCGAUAUAAACAGGAGACAUGUUCAGCUCGGCCCGCCUCGGGGUGUUUCUCCGCCUACCCAAGUAGAGUCACCUGCUUUCUGCCGCGGAUGUCCGUAUUAUACUUUCAAUUCACAAUGACCAGCAACCUCCGGAUUCUCGUCCCCAUCAAGCGGGUUAUCGACUAUGCGGUCAAACCCCGCGUGAACAAAACCAACACAGGCGUCGAGACGAAUGGAGUCAAACACUCGCUGAACCCCUUCGACGAGCUCUCGGUUGAGGAGGCUGUGCGUCUGCGCGAGCGUCACGCCAAGAAGCAGAGCCCCAUCAAGGUGGAUCAGAUCCUGGCGUUGUCGGCGGGCGGCCCCAAGUGCGCGGACACCCUGCGCACGGCGAUGGCGAUGGGCGCGGACCGGGCCUUCCAUGUCGAUGUGGGCGACAGCGCGGACGGUGGCCCGGAGCCCCUGACCGUGGCCAAGAUGCUGCAGGCGGUGGUGAAGCAGGAGAACAUCAACCUGGUGCUGCUGGGCAAGCAGGCGAUCGAUGGCGAUCAGGGUCAGACGGGCCAGAUGCUGGCGGGUCUGCUGGGCUGGCCGCAGGCGACGCAGGCCAGCAAGGUUGAGAUCAAGGACGAGAGCGGUACGGUCGAGGUCACCCACGAGGUCGACGGUGGCGUGGAGACCCUGCGCGCGAAGCUUCCCAUGAUCAUCACGACGGAUUUGCGGUUGAACGAGCCCCGGUAUGCCACCCUGCCGAAUAUCAUGAAGGCGAAGAAGAAGCCCUUGGAGAAGAAGACGUUGGCCGAUUUCGGGGUCGAGGAUAAGAAGAGGUUGAAGACGAUCAAGGUCACUGAACCGCCCGCUCGCCAGGGUGGUGGUAAGGUCGAGGACGUGGACGGGCUGAUUGGCAAGUUGAAGGAGUUGGGUGCUCUGUAAGGGCGGUCGUAGAUUGGAGCAUUUGCGCAUCUGUGUUUGUAUGUUUUAUGACUGUUACCUACCUACCUACCUAGACUUGGUUCGGUAUUUUCCUAUACUAUUUCCCUAAAGGGACAUGAUAUAUAUUCGAUCUCUGCGGAUUUCCCUCCUCUCCACUUCUAUCUGCCACCUCCUCUUCGAGAUGUCUAUAGAUGGCAUGCUUUCCUCGUCUUCUUCUUCGCGCGACGCUUACAAUCUCCAUAAUCUGCGUCACAGGACGUGUUCACAGGUACAGCUCGGGCAGCAAUGGAAGCAUCGCUUGUCUGCAGUCUCGAGAACGCGCCCAGCCUUCCAAGAACAGCGUUUUGUUACACUUGCAGGCAAUGGUCAAGCAGCAUAUUU